AGAUUCUUGAAUAAGGCGAUAGGGUUCUGGGAUUGGGUCUGAGAGCAUGGAAUCGGACUAUGACACGCAGGACGCCAGCGACACGGAGUCGAUGGAGGAUGACUUCUACAGCGAGGAGACGGUGGUGAGGGACGGCGAAGACGAAGACGAAGGCAAGUAUGGUUUCAGCGAUAACGAGUCGGAUGACUCGGACGUGAUCGUUUCCGAGCGUCUGCAGCAAAACUAUACUGUCUUGGAUGAAACUGAUAUAAGGCAGCGCCAAGAGGAUGAUAUACGUAGUCUAUCAAUGGUACUGUCGACUUCAAGAGUUCAUGCAUGUCUUCUUCUCCGUCAUUUUAACUGGAGCGUUAGUAAGGUGCAUGAAGAGUGGUUUGCUGAUGAAGAAAGUGUUCGGAGGGCUGUAGGUUUGCUGGGGAAGCAAGUUGAAAUGCCAGAUGUUGCAGAACUGCUAUGUGGAAUAUGCUUUGAAGUUCAUCCUCGGACAGCAAUGAGCUCUACUGCUUGUGGUCACCCGUUUUGUGAUUCAUGUUGGAGAGGUUAUAUAGGAACAGCUGUGACUAAUGGCCCAGGCUGCUUGAUGUUGAGAUGUCCCGAUCCAUCUUGCAGUGCUGCUAUUGGGCAAGAUAUGAUUGAUAUUCUAGCUAUUGAUGAAGAUAAGCAGAAGUAUUCUCACUACCUCCUCAGAUCAUACAUUGAAAAUAACCGGAAGACAAAAUGGUGUCCUGCACCUGGAUGUGAAUUUGCUAUUGACUUUGUUAUGGGAUCUGGAAGCUAUGACGUUUCUUGUAAUUGCUCCCACAGUUUUUGUUGGAAUUGUACAGAGGAAGCUCAUCGUCCAGUGGAAUGUUCCACUGUGGCAAAGUGGAUAUUAAAGAACAGUGCAGAGUCUGAAAACAUGAAUUGGAUAUUGGCUAACUCCAAACCUUGCCCUAAAUGCAAAAGGCCAAUUGAGAAAAAUCAAGGCUGCAUGCAUAUAACUUGCACACCACCAUGCAAACAUGAGUUCUGUUGGUUAUGCCUUGGUUCAUGGAUAGAGCAUGGGGAGAGAACUGGUGGUUUUUAUGCCUGUAAUCGCUAUGAAGCUGCAAAGGAAGAGGGGGUGUAUGAUGAAUCGGAAAGGAGGAGAGAAAUGGCCAAAAACUCUCUUGAGAGAUACACGCACUACUAUGAACGAUGGGCUACCAACCAACGAUCAAGACAGAAGGCCCUCGCACAGCUGCACAGUAUCCAAACUGAGAAGCUUGAGAAGCUCAGCAAAAUACAAUGCCAGCCAGAGUCUCAACUCAAGUUUAUAAUUGAAGCUAUGUUACAGGUAGUUGAGUGUAGGAGAGUACUGAAAUGGACCUAUGCAUAUGGGUAUUACCUACCUGAACAUGAACACGCUAAGAGGCAAUUUUUUGAGUAUCUACAAGGUGAGGCUGAGGCAGGUUUAGAGCGACUUCAUCAAUGUGCAGAGAAGGAACUCCGGGUGUACCUUGAAGCUGAGGUUCCAAUGAAGGAAUUUGCUGACUUUCGCAUAAAGCUGGCUGGAUUGACUAGCGUUACACGAAACUACUUUCAAAACCUGGUUCAAGCCCUAGAAUCUGGAUUGGAAGAUGUAGGACCUAAUCGGCAAACCAAUAGCAGCAAGUCUUCAUGCUCAAAGAACAUUUCGAGCAAGAACAGUCCAGGGAAUAGCCCCAGAUCAAGUACAACUAUCAAUAACUUUGACAACUACUGGUAUUGUGAAAGGUGCACAUUUGCCAACCCCAGCUCAAAUCAUGCUUGCGAGAUGUGUGAGCAUCGUCGCCAUUGAAUCCUUGAAACGGUUCAACAUUCUUUCUGGAUAGAAGCCAUGGAGUCACUUACAGAUUUUGUUGCUCUAUAGAUAUCUAUCAGUCUCAAAACCCAUUGCUGGGAUGACAGCAAUUAAGGCUUCGUUUGAGACUGCUUUUUUACUGUUUCUUAAAACAACUUUUUAGUUUAAAAAUUAAAAUUUUUAUACUAAAAAGCUGUUUUAAGAAGCAAUAAAAAGACCGUCCAAACGAAGCCUAAGUUAUAUUUGCUGCAGGUUUUGAGUUCCAUAUGGAGGGAUGAUGCAAUGAAAGAAGCUUUUAAUGAUGAAGCUUUCAUUCUAAAGUAGGUAGAGACAACUAUAAGAUAUAACAUCGUCUUGGACAUGCGAACUGCAAAUCAGAUUUUGUAUGUGCAUAUUAGGCUUCCUUUGGCACAGCUUUUUCGUGCUUCUAAAAACAGCUUUUCAAUACAAAAAUUUAAAUUUAUGUACUAGAAAGCUGCUUUAAGAAGCAAUAAAAAAGCCGUCCCAAACAAAGUUUUAAUCUUAUGAGCUAAUAGCAUAAGCUGGAUCUUUUAGGCCUGCGAAGGAAUUCAGUGUUCUGUUUUUACAUCUUGGGUUGCUUCUAACAUUGUAAAUUUGGAACUUGGGGUUUGUUUGAUAUUAUUUUUUUACUGUUUUUAAUAAAGUUGUUUUAGAAAGCAAUAAAAAAAUUGUCCCAAAUGAAGUCUUAAUAAUUCUUGUGGGGAUCAAAAUAAUCAGAUUGUAUUGUUGUUGA